AUGCCUGUUGACACUUUUUCAUUGAUUACAGAUUCGAUGCCUUUGCCGUCAAUGAUGUCAACAAACGAAUCAAUCUUACCAUCAGAACCCGUUCCAUCAUCACCUCCAUUACUCAAAUUAUCAAAAUUAAAAUUCCAUCCGCUCAAUGUGCGUCAAUUAAUGCCAACAGAAUCAUCAGAACCCUCACGCGAAAAGUUUGUCACUCCUUCACGAUCAACACCUUUCCAUCAGGAAAUUACAUCUUCGGGUAUUCAAAUGAUCGAAACAAUGGUAGACCUACGUACAAACACGUCUUCGCGUACCAGUCGAACAAGAAAAGGAACAGAUGAUUCAUUUGCGUUCGGAAAUGGAGAUCGUGACAAAAUUCAAAUUCAAGCAAUGAACUCCGCAAGAAGAGCUUCAGAUACAAACGCGAUUACCAUGAUUGGAUCACAAAAACAAGAUUCUACCCCACAUCCAUUUCAAAAGAGGCAUCGAUCAGGUUCAUUAAUGGAUGUGAAAGGACUUGACAGCAAUCAUGAAUCAUAUGAGGAGGAUGAUCAAGAGCAUACCCUCAAACAAACAGGCAAACUCUCCUUGGAGGAAAGAGUUCAUGAGCAUGCUUUGGCAGCAGCCGCAGUUGCAAAAUCAUUCCCUUCUAAUGGCAAGCACAGUACAACCUUUGAAAUGAUCGAAUCUAUGGAAGGAGACAACAAACCCGACAAAAUCGUUCGCGUUCACGUCAUUGCAGAUCGUUUCAGCGCCUGCAUUCCUUGUCGUCGUCGUAAAAUUCGUUGUCUGCCAAGCGAUGAGAUGCCAAGACCAAAGACAGGAACAUGCGGGACAUGUUUGAGACGUGGCAAGACAUGUGUAUGGACGGAUGACAGCCAUGGCAAGUCACCAGAUAAGAACAAGGGCAAAAAACAGUCAUUCGAUGACGUCAAAGAGUUUGACAAGCAACACAAACUGUCAAAGAGAAAACGUUCAUCUGUCAAGCAAGAACAGGAAGAAUACCACUUGCAAACAUACUCAAAAGUUCACGGUAUGAAGAACAAGCAGUAUGAUUAUCCUGAUACAGCACAUUUGCUCGAUCCACCCAAAUUCGAGAACGUCAAUUGGGCUGGGAUGCAAUAUCCUCCUUUCUACAACGCAUCAGAGGUGAAUCCGUUUUUAUCACCAACGACAAACAUUCCGCAAUCCACCUUGUUGGCUCUUGAAAAGCAUGGCUAUCCGCAUGGAGGCAAUGCGUUACUUUCGGCCAACUAUAGCGGAAGUCCGAAUUCAACGUUGCAUUCGCCAAGCACUCCAUCAACUUGGGCAACAGCUCCUGUUCUCAAAUCUGAACCUCUUGGUGGUCAGACAGCGCACGACAACCAAAGUAUCGCUCAUCAUUAUCAAUAUCAGGAUCAAAGUCAUUUCGCCGUUCAUAAUUUCGAACGUUCAUACUCAGCAUCGUCUGGGCAGGUCCCAACGAUCGUCACAGGUUUGAUGAAGGAGCACUCAUCAUCUAAUGGCGUCACUGCAAACACUACGCCAGAUUCAAUGCCUUCGUCCUAUUUCUCUCCAACGCUGGACACGCCGAACAGGCCUUCCACCUCGUACAUGUCUUUGCAAGGCCAGAAUGUUCCUCCAUUUGCGAUGCCAGGAAUGGCACGUUCGCAUUCUUUUCACUGUGUGAGCGGGAUGGGACAAAAAGAUUUCCCGGAAGAAGCAUUGAGUGAUCAUGCAAUGAUGAUGCGCGAAAUAUCUUUUGAUUUCAAGGGAUACAGUCAAGAUUCAAACACACCUUAUGACUCCGAAUCAGCCAACGCAAACUUUUUCAUGAAAGACGCGGGACAAGAACAUGGUGUCUGUGAUCCAACGAGUGAUCGACACUACAUUUCCUCUUUCCUUCCACCGUCUCCGCACCACCUGGCAAUUUCAACGUCUGUUGCACAUCUACCGUCAUGCUCCAGCUCUUUGCCCUCUCCAAGUAUUCCAAACGGUAGCGACUCGCAAAUCAUCGGCGGAUCCGAGUACUCUCAUCCUACAAACGAAGUCAACGGCCUCAUUCCGUCCGACAAAACAAACAUGUUUCCACGCACAAUGGAUUGGACCAAUCCUGACAUGCUGCAUUAUUGAUUUCCUUUCUCGUCUUACUCCAUUCUUUUUCUCUCUUCUCACCUCAAUAUAUUUGUGCUUUCACGUUGCGCAUAUGGUCGCUUCGAAAAAAAGCUUUUUUGGUCUUACUUUUACCAGUCUUG